GGUAGAAACAGUCAUGCUUGUUUUUCACAGGGCAGGUAGGAGAGACACCAUAAAUGACCUGCUCUGGAACUGGACAGCUCUGGAAAGUUUUGGAUCUCCAUCGGAUCGACUAAGUAAAACGUUUUCCUACUCUAUGUUUUUCAGCCCUUGCCUGCUGUUUUAAUUUUAGACCCUGAAAAGAGAUUAUGACUGCCAGAGACAAAGCCAUGCUGUACACUGAACUGAUCCAGUUAUGGGACGAGGCUGUGCGAGCUGUGGACAACCAAGAUUGGAACAGUGCUCUCGCCAAGCUCAUUCAGAUCUCUGAUCCCUCGGCUGGGAUUCUGUUCGUCACUGCAUCUGUCCAUCUCGCUUUGGGUCAACUAGAGGAAGCAAUUAAAGCUCUGGAUCGAGUUAUCGCCAAAGAUGAGAGACUUGCUGUGGGCUUUUUCCAAAGGGCUGCACUGCACAUGAUGGUAGGAAGACUGGAUGAGGCUCUUGGUGACUGUAUUUGGGCGCAGAAGCACAUGAGAACUAAUGCUGUGAUUGACUACAAACAGCUGGGACUGCGCUAUAGACUCUACACCUGGCAGAUUCUUUAUAAUGCAGCAGCUGUGCACUGUAGACUAAACCAGUGGAAUAAAGCUACAGAGAUCCUCCAGGCUGCUUUACAGGAGGGAGGUGGACGAGGAAGUCAAGUCGCCUCGGCCAUGCAGAGUGUAGCAAAGAGGGAGCUGAUUGCACCUCUCAUGGUCCCAGAGGGAGUGGUGUUUCGGCCCAGGAAACAGCACGUGGAGGAGCUUCAGCCCCGAGACUUCCUGGGCAAAGCGGAGGUUAUUAUUUCUGACAUCCCAAAUGAUGACUUUGGUGGUUUUGAACCUCUAAGGUUGCAGAAACCGGGAUAUUAUGAACCACAGACAGAAGUGGGCCAAGACUCACGCUACAUGUGUGUAAGGAAGGCCUACAUUGGGAGGAAUGAAGCUGAGCUCACUGUGCCGGCUGGUGCUUACGUGUACGUGUACAGCGAAGAGGACAGAGACGGCUUUGUCACAGUUAUAUAUGAUGGCCAGAGAGGAAUGCUGCCAAACUUCCUUCUGGAAACCGUGACGAAAAAGACAAAAGACAAAAGAAAGAAGGAGAGCUAUGCUACUGGGAUUCCUCUUCCACCUAGCAUGAAGCCCCCUACACGCCCACAUUCUGCUGCUCCUCCUCUUCCAGAAUUGCCGUCUUUUUACAACAGCAGCACACACACCACACCUUCUGUACAGUACAACAGAGAAGAACUGAGCCCUACUGACAAGACGACAAUAGCAGACUCAGUCAUAGUUAAGGUGCACUACACUUACACCAUUGCUCUGAGUGUCCCACUAGAGACACCAUACCGGGAGCUGCAGGAGAGGAUCGCUCAGAAACUAGGACAGCCUGCUGAACUCAUUCGUCUGAGACAUAAGAGGCAAGGUUUCUCUGUCCUGACACCUCUGGAUGAGGAUGGAGAUGUGAAAAGCCUGGCUGAAGUGGUAGAAGCAGGCCGAGUCACUCUGUGGUGUCAGGCAGAGCACUCUCUGGCCAACAGAACAAUUCUCUACCAGAUGGUGGCACUAUAUGACUACACUGCACAGGGACCUGAAGACCUGGAAUUUAGUCAGGGGGACACCAUUGACAUCCUUAGUGAAGUGAAUGAAGAAUGGCUAGAAGGGCACACAGCUGGAAAUAUUGGCAUAUUCCCCAGAUGUUUUGCCUACAGAGACUUUCCAGAGAAAGUUGGAGAAUCACAAGAAAAUGUUAAGUAGUGACUGUAGAUAGAUUCAAAUGUGUUUACUGUGUAAUAUAUAAAAAAGAUUAAUGAACAUGAAUAAUUAAUGAGCAUAUCAUUUUAGAUUUUAAUCAUAUUGAUUAUAUAAGAUCACAACUGUGUUCACGUUUGCAUCCUUUUAUUAGCCCCAGUGAAUUGUAUUAUUUUUGUCUUGAAAAUUCCACAUCAUAUGAUCUUCAUUUAUGUUAAUAUUAGCUAUGCUAUUACCUACGUUAUAUUGCUCCACUAAGGGUAAAAAUGUCUACCAGGCAUUAAUUAGCAGCAAAUUAUUAUACAAUAUAAUAUAACUGGGGGCGGCACCUUGAUGAAUGUAACAUCGCAUAAAACUGGAUUUUUGUGUUUUUGUGCUUCAUGUCCAAGCAGAACACAUUGACACUCCCACAGUUAAUUAAGACAGCAGUAUAAUUUGUAAAGGUGUGAAUCAGAACUGGGAUUCAACAGGACCUUAAGAAAACAAAACCAACCAAAAGAAAUGAAAGGAAAUUAUUUACUCUUAUGUGAGAAAUUAAAUAUAAGGCUCAGUCAUGUUUAUUAACCCUACAUAACAAGUGUGGGCCACUAGUCAGACAUUUUUCAGGAUCUAAUUAGUUCAGUCAGAAUAAUUCCUCAGAACCAGGUGGGAUUGUUAGUAUUUUUUAGGAGCGUUUUUAGGAACUAGGAAUAGUCAAAAUUUCUUCACAAGUGUGCGUGGUCAGAAUUUAUUCAGAUAAGGGUCGGAUGUGUCUGAAGUGGGGUUGGGGGAUUCUUAGAAUUCCAUAAGGAAGGAAGUACCCUACUGGUCAGAUUUUCAGGUGGGACUAGCCAUAAGUACAUGAGGAGGGAGAACUGAUCAGAAUUUCUUCACACAAGAAGGGAUUUGUCAGAAUGUGUUUUUGGAAUCAGAAGAACAGGUCAGAAUUCUUUCAGGUGCAUGUUGGAUAAGUCAGAAUUCUUCCAUGGCAAGUGUAACUGGACAUAAUUACUUCAGAAGGAAGGGGGACGUAGAAUCUUUUAAGGUGCAGGUUGAAUUGGUCAGAAUUUUUUCAGAAGGAGAGACUGGUCCAAAUUUCCACAGAAGGACUUCUUAGACUUUCAGGUUGAACAGGUCAGAAUCCUUUCAGAAUUGAGAUUACUUUAGUUAUGGUUAAACUUUCAAAAUUUUUGUGAGAACAGGACUCAGAAUUCUUUUCAGGAAUGAGUUGGACUAGUCAAAAUUUUGGAUAGGACAGAAAUCUCUUGGGAUGAGUCAGAAUUGCUUCGGAAGAAGCAUCACUGGUCAGUACAUCUUUGGUUCUGAUGGGACUGAAUACAUUUCUUAUGGAGUGCUGGAACUGGUCAGAAAUCCUUCAGGAGUGGAUGGGGUGCUUAGAAUAUUGGGUGUGACUGGUCAGAAUUUCUUUAAAUGUGCCCAGGACUGGUCAUAAUUCUUCAUAAAUACUUCAGGAGAAGGUGGGACUGGUCAUAAUUCUUUUAGGAGCUAGUUAUACUGUUCAAAAUUCGACAUGCCGCCUUCAUGAACAUUAUUUAUGAAUUAAGCCAUGGCCAAGUCAAAACUGUAUUAAAGAACAUUCUGAAAACUGGGAUCCAGUUCCUGUCAGUCAUUUUGUAGACAUUCAAGGUCAACAUGAGCGAGUUUUUCUUGUCUGAGUUUAAGCUAAAUAUUUAAGAAAUCAUUUCUGAAAUAAACUGUUAAUUAAAUUAUGUAAUAAAUUGUCAAAAACUUA